CUGAGCCCAGCGGCGGCGGGUCCGGGGCUCGGCUCCGAGCAGCUGCGGCGCCCCGCCGGUCAGGGUCCUUACCUUUCCCCAGGCGCAGGGCCAUGAGCCCUGCAGCCACCUGAGGCGCUGGGGGCGUUGCGCGGCGCGGACCGCGCCCCCGAAGUUCUGCGCUCUCGUCUCUGCACUGCAGGACGCCCGCGCCCGGCGGAGGCGUCCUCGGAAGAGCGGCGGGGUAGGGGCCAUGGAACCCGCGGCGCCGGCAGGUCGGGCCCGGACGGCAGCCACCAAGCUGUCGGAGGCGGUGGGCGCGGCGCUGCAAGAGCCCCGGCGGCAGCGGCGCCUGGUGCUGGUCGUCGUGUGUGUGGCACUGUUACUGGACAACAUGCUGUAUAUGGUCAUCGUGCCCAUCGUGCCCUAUUAUGUCGCCCACAUGCACAAGGGCCCUACUCCGACGACCGAAGUGCGGAUGCCCAUCCUGCCGCCGCCCACUCCCGCCAAUACUAGUGCCGACAACGUCAACACCUCAGAGUCCCCGACGGCCGCGUGGCCGACCCGGUCUGCCCUGAAGCCCCACCACCCCACGGAGAGCGAGGACGUGAAGAUAGGGGUACUGUUUGCCUCCAAGGCCAUCCUGCAGCUGCUGGUAAACCCCCUGAGUGGGCCCUUCAUCGACCGCAUGGGCUACGACGUGCCGCUGCUCAUCGGUCUGGGCGUCAUGUUCGCCUCCACCGUGAUGUUUGCCUUCGCGGAGGACUACGCCACGCUCUUCGCCGCGCGCAGCCUGCAGGGCCUGGGCUCGGCCUUCGCCGACACGUCCGGCAUUGCCAUGAUCGCGGACAAGUAUCCUGAGGAGCCCGAGCGCAGUCGCGCGCUGGGCGUGGCGCUGGCCUUCAUCAGCUUCGGAAGCCUAGUGGCGCCACCCUUCGGGGGCUUCCUCCACCAGUUCGCAGGCAAGCAAGGGCCCUUUCUGGUCCUCGCCGCCGUUUCGCUGUUCGACGCCCUGUUGCUGCUGGCCGUAGCCAAGCCCUUCUCGGCCGCGGCGCGGGCGCGGGCCAACCUGCCGGUGGGCACGCCCAUCCACCGCCUCAUGCUGGACCCCUACAUCGCCGUGGUGGCUGGUGCGCUCACCACCUGCAACAUUCCCCUCGCCUUCCUGGAGCCCACCAUCGCCACGUGGAUGAAGCGUACGAUGGCGGCGUCCGAGUGGGAGGUGGGCAUGGCCUGGCUGCCGGCCUUCGUGCCGUACGUGCUAGGCGUCUACCUCACCGUGCGACUGGCGGCGCGCUACCCACAGCUGCAGUGGCUUUACGGCGCGUUCGGGCUAGCAGUGAUCGGUGCCAGCUCGUGCGUAGUGCCCGCCUGCCGGUCCUUUGCACCACUAGCGGUCUCGCUCUGCGGCCUCUGCUUCGGCAUUGCGCUGGUGGACACGGCGCUGCUGCCCACGCUCGCCUUUCUCGUGGAUGUGCGCCACGUCUCGGUCUACGGCAGCGUCUAUGCCAUCGCCGACAUCUCGUAUUCCGUGGCCUACGCGCUCGGGCCCAUAGUGGCGGGCCACAUUGUACACUCGCUUGGCUUUACGCAGCUUAGCCUUGGUAUGGGCCUGGCCAACCUGCUCUACGCUCCGGUCCUGCUGCUGCUGCGCAACGUGGGCCUCCUGACGCGCUCCCGCUCCGAGCGCGAUGUGCUACUGGAUGAGCCACCGCAGGGUCUGUACGAUGCCAUGCGCCUGCGUGAGCGCCCUGUGUCCAACCCAGACGGCGAGCCUUGCAGCCCACCUGGCCCCUUUGACGAGUGCGGGGACGACUACAACGACUACUACACCCGCAGCUAGCAGCCCCGCUCCUCUUCCAGGGCACCCGCCCACUCCCCACCCCCCGGUCAAGUUGGCUGCUCUGUGAGCGCACUGGCCAGCGUAGGCUCAGGGCCCGCCCCUUUCAGCGAAUACCCCAGCCCCUCCCUUGUCUUGACUUCCUCUGCCCGAAUUCCCUCUCCAUGACCCUUUUUGUGUCCCUCUCCCUCUCGUGCAAUGGGGCGUGGAGCACAGAAGCAACGCAAAGCGAUGGGCUCCUGACAGAGAUGAAGAGGCCGGUGGGCCGCCACCUCGGGGCUCCUCUGUGUAGAGUCAUGCGUCUGUCUACCCUUCCUUCCUACCUCCCAGUGCCAACUUGGCCGGCCGCACCGCGGUGCCUCUGGCCGGAAUCAAUAAACCAUAU